AUAAGCAUGAAGUCGACAGUGUUUCUAUCAAAGAUAAACAUGACGUCAGGCUUGAUGAUCUGUCCAUUCAGCAAGAAUAACAAAAGUGUUUAAAGUCGCCGACAGGAAGUGUGAAUAUUGUUGUGAGAUCAUCAUUAUUUAUCUUCGUGGUCCGCAUGCAAGCCACGCUGAGAGUCUGCUCCAGGCUGCAGUGAGAGUCAGUGCCUCCAUCAGGGUGGCAGCGGGAUUUCAGGCUGGGUGGAGCUGCUGGCUGAUGAAUAGGAGCAGCGUGGGAAAUGGUCCUGAGGAGGAGGGGCAGUCCGCGUGUCACGUGACCGCCGCCUGGCUCUGAGCUGAGCAGGAGAGCAGGAGCAGAGGAGCAGAGGAGCUCCGGUAGCAUGGAGCCCAGCGCCGCCCGGGGGAGGGUGGUGAAGUCCGCAUCAGCAUACGCCAGCCUGCAGCAACACGGCUCCGAAGGCGUCCAUGGGAAGCCGUACCCAGUUGCCGUCUACGUACCCCGGCCGGAUUACCUGGAGGGGGACGAGGACGCAGACCUCAUCAAACCCAAGAAGCUGGUGAAUCCGGUCAAAGCUUCGAAGAGUCACCAGGAGCUUCACCGCGAGCUGCUGAGCAGUUACAAACGAGGGGGGGUCAGUGUGGAGAUGAAGCCCGAGCUGCAACGGGUGCUGGAGUCCAGGAGGAGAGAUCAGCUGAUCAGACAGAGGAAGGAGGAGGACGAGGCUCGCAGGAAGGUUUCUCCUCUGGAGGCCGAACUGCUGAAGAGACACAAGAAGCUGGAGGAGCUGGAGAGACAGCAGGAGCAGGAAGACCUGAGAGCCCCCGAGUUCGUUAAAGUCAAGGAAAACCUGAGGAGGACGUCCGUUCAGGGCAAAGAGGAGAAGGAGGUUUAGAGGCAGUGGGGGCGGAGACGGCAAGCAUCCGAGGACACAGGUGCCGGCAGCUGGACGGGACGGCUGUGAUGUCUCUCGGCAGCUUGGGUCGGUGGGUCUGAAUCAGGACGCUACAGAGCAACACGAGCAAACGACAACCGCCUCCAUGAGCAGAUACGUGCGACUAAAGCAAGGAAACAGCAGGAGGCGCUGCUGCACAGAUACGAAAGGACUCGUGAACCUGAACCUGUGCUCGUUUGAGUCUGAGCGUGUUGAUUUGCUCUCCUGCACUGAACUUGUGCCUAAUCUCACCUGUGAGACUCUCACAGAUCAGAUACUUUGAUCACUUUGUCCUUCCCCUCUCAUCUUCAACAUGCUAAUCACGUAGAUUGAUAAAACACUGACAUGACUACAAACCUCAGUGGCAGAUUUUACAGUUUUAUUAGAGAUUUUAAGCUCUAACUCUGAGAACUGUGUGUGAUUCGAACCUGCGAGCUCCUCUCGGGGAAGCCUUACUUCCUGCGCUCACGGGACUCUGACGGGAUCUUUGUGCACUUUAGACAUUUACUGUGGAGACGGGGAUUCAAAUUUUACUGUUUGUAUUUGUGUGUCUUUUAUCGUGUUCAGCCUGACGUUUCUCGUGUGUCUGUUGAUCAAUAAAGGACUAACCCUGC